CAUUAGGAACUAGAAAGAAUAAUUGUAUUAUAAUAAAAUGCCAGUAGAAACUAAAAAUCAAUUAAAAAAUGGAACGUGCUUAACAGAAAGAAAGACCUAGGUCUCUCACACCUCUCCCGCGCCGUCACCUUCCAGUGUUACACAGUCAGCCUCAGAAGAAGACAAUGAUGAACGAAGAAGAUAAUGGCGAAAGUAGUACUCGAAGGAUCCAAGUCCGUUUCGUAACAAGCUUACCCGAACCAUUCAAAGUUCCAAGCUCAGCCAUAGCUAUCCCUGUCGAUCUCACCAGAUUCGGCCUCUCCUCUCUCGUCAAUGCGCUUCUCCAAUCCAAAGAUGAGGAUCAUAAAUCCGAACCGUUUGAUUUUUUGAUUGAUGGCGAGUUUGUUCGUAUGUCUCUUGAGGAUUUUCUCCUUGCUAAGGGAAUCUCUGCGGAAAGGAUAUUGGAAAUUGAGUACAUAAGGUCUGUAGCCCCACGAAAGGAAGAGGACCCUUCAUUACAUGAUGACUGGGUCAGUGCUGUUGAUGGUUCUUCUUCUCGGUUUAUUUUGACAGGCUGUUAUGAUGGUUUUGGAAGGGUAUGGGAAGGUGCUGGAUUAUGUACACAUAUAUUGGAGGGACACAGCGACGGUGUCACUUCUGUGAGUGUCAUUAAUCCAGAAGGCGUGGAAACUGUGACUUUAGCUACUGCUUCUAAAGACCGGACACUAAGGCUAUGGAAGAUCAAUACUGAGGAGGCUACCAACCAUCCUGCGAGGGUUAGAGCUUACAAAAUCUUGCGUGGUCACAAGUCUUCUGUACAGAGCGUUGCAGCACAGACUAACGGAGAAAUGAUUUGUUCCGGUUCUUGGGAUUGCACCAUCAACCUAUGGCAAAUCAAUGACACUAAUGCAGAAAAUGAUCUAGUGUCUAAGAAGAGAAAAGUUGAUGGUCGAGUUGAGGACUCUCAAUUAGAGGGAGAAGCUUUUACAACCCUCGUAGGCCAUACACAGUGCGUGUCUUCUGUGAUUUGGCCACAAAGAGAGUCAAUCUAUUCUGCAUCUUGGGAUCAUUCUAUUAGAAAAUGGGAUGUUGAGAAAGGCAAAAAUGUGACAGAUAUAUUUUGUGGGAAGGCUCUUAACUGCCUCGACAUUGGAGGGGAAAGUUCUGCUCUGAUAGCUGUCGGUGGUUCUGACCCCGUUGUUAGGAUUUGGGAUCCUCGUAAGCCAGGCACGUCUGCUCCUGUUUUUCAGUUUGCUUCUCAUACUUCUUGGGUAACAACUGUCAAAUGGCAUGAUAAGUCUUUGUUUCAUUUACUUUCUGCAUCUUAUGAUGGGAAAGUUAUGUUAUGGGAUCUGAGAACUGCGUGGCCUCUUUCAACCAUUGAAUCUCACAGUGACAAGGUACUGUGUGCUGACUGGUGGAAAAGUGACAGUGUUAUCAGUGGUGGUGCAGAUUCAAAACUCUGCAUUUCUUCACAGAUUCCUUUACAGUGAUGUACACGUCGAUGAUAUCUCAGAUACGAGUUUGAAGCCAAUUUUGUCCGAGGCACCAAUACUAGUGUUUUAUCCUAUGUAACACCGAUACUUCAGAUUGAAGUCCUGGUGUCAGAAUCUGAUCAAUUGUAAACUGCUAAUUAUGUAAACCCUUAAAAUUAUGCAUAUCUUGUCUUGAACUCAUUUUACUUAUGUGUAGUACAAUUAGUACCGCAUUUGAAUUAUUUAUGGUAGCGUGCUAUUUAAUUAGACUUGA